CAGAGAGCAUUUGUUUUCAUGUUCUCCACUCCACCUAAACUCCCAUGCACAUUAGCCUGCACAUCAUUUUUAAUAAUUUCACCAAUAAUCUUACGACACGCACGUCAAAUACUCCCCACUGCGUUUAUAAUUUUUGAAAUAAGAUAAGGAAUAGCACAGCCACGUCACCGAUCCAUGUGAAACUUCCUCGCAGCAUGAUCAACCGUCGGAUCAGACCGAAAAGAAGAACCCCCAGCCGCAGAUGAACACUCAAUCCCCUCUCUUCUUUUUCUUUUUUGUUUAUUUAAUUAACUUUUUUUUCCAUUUCUCGAUCCAGCUCCGAUCUGUUGAAGUUGAACCCUUUUAUAUCCCUUCCCUUCUCCCAAUUUUGUCCAUCCAAUCCAAUUCUCCUCCGCCCCUACUACUUGAACUGUUGUUUUUGGAAUGGCGAGUGAAGAAGUGCAAGGCAAUAAUAUUCAUAAUCAGGCUCAACCUCCGGCGCCGGCGCCAUCUGUGCCUCCCGGCACUUUGCCUCAGUAUCCAGAGAUGAUUUUAGCAGCAAUUGAAGCAUUGAACGAGGACAACGGCUCAAAUAAAUCUUCAAUAUCAAAACACAUCGAAGCCACCUACGGAAAUCUCCCUCCCGCUCACUCCACACUCCUCACUCACCACCUCAACAAAAUGAAAUCUGCAGGCCAGCUCCUUUUCGUCAAGAACAACUACCUCAAACCCGAUCCAAACGCCCCCCCACGUCGCGGACGCGGACGCCCACCCAAGCCCAAAACCCCACUUCCACCUGGUGCCGUUCCGCCGCCCCCACGUCCCCGCGGCCGGCCUCCCAAAUCCCGCGAUCCAACGGCUCCUUCUCUGCCGCCUAAACCCAAGGCCACCACUACCACUGCAACGGUUUCUGGGAAAAAACGUGGGCGGCCGCCGAAGGGUGCUACGGCAGGUGCAGGUGCGGGUGCGGCUCCACCUCCGACUACCGCCUCCGGAGGGGCGCCCCGCGGGCGUGGCCGGCCUCCUAAAGUGAAGCCUGCGGUGGCUGCGCCGGUAGGAGCUUGAUUGGAAGAAGAGAGAUAGCUAACUUAGUGGGUGUAGUGAUAAUUAGUGGGGUUUAUGGUCAUUUUGUUUUGGUUUUAAUUUGUUGAUGCUUGUAGUUUGAGUUAAUUUUGAUUUAGGAUGACGACGAAGUGAGCGGGCAGUUGAUGAUGAUUGGUGUUGUAACAUUAGUGUAAAUUUUAAUGGCGAGGUUGGAAAUGACAUGGGAUUCUCCCUUUUUAGGGAAAAACAAAAAUUCUUUGCAAUUCAAUGUUUAUUAGAUUAUCAA